UUGGGAGGGGAGUUUAUCGGUUGUGUGAGAAGGCAGAGAGAGGGAGCAAAUCUGGUUUAGAAAUGGCGGGAAUCUGGUGCAGCUCAACGGUAUCUUCGACACUCCACCUUAGGAAGAGGGUCCAUGGGAUCCGAUGCUGUUCCACCACACCCGAUAACAAGGAAAAGACGCCGCAGCUUUUGAGACUUGCGGUUGGCGGAGUCACAGAGCUUCUCAGGCUUGUCUCCUUCGGUCAGAACAGAUUGGAUUCAAUGAGUUACAAACAAGGGGAUGAGCUCUUAGUUUCUAGUAUUGAUGAUGUUCUAUUAAUUCUCAAGUCAGAUUAUGAGAACGCUUAUUUUGUUACAGGGAUUUUUACUUCUGCAAUUUAUGAUGAGGAUUGUAUCUUUGAGGAUCCAACUAUUAAAUUCCGUGGCAAGGAUUUGUAUUCCUGCAACUUGAAAUUGCUUGUGCCUUUCUUUGACCAUCCAUCAAUUGCAUUACAAAAGAUUGAAAAGGGUUCGAAUUCUGAAACAAAGUUUGUAUUGGCAUCAUGGAAACUAAGGACCUACCUGAAACUUCCAUGGAGACCUCUCAUUUCUAUUGCUGGAAGUACAGUCUAUGAUUUAAAUGACGAGUUCAAAAUUGUUAGGCAUGCUGAAAGUUGGAACAUUUCUGCACUUCAAGCAGUUGGGCAGAUAUUCACUCCAAGUCUUCGAAGGUUGAGUGAAUGAGCACUAUUUAGUGUCUGUCUAAAGAAAGCUCAAAUUUAUACAAGACCAACUUCAGGCAACGGCAGCUGAUUUGCUUUGUGGAGGUAAAAUUUGUCAUUUCUAUUACAUGCAAGCAUUUAAACCUGACUAAUCAUCCCAUUGUUUGUAAUUUAGCUGAGAAAACCUCUUGGAGCAGUAUGCUACUGCAUGAAAACAUAUAUAAAAGCCUAAAUCUCUCAACAUAUUCUAUUGAACAACUGGCUUUUGGUUUUAAGACAAGGUAAUACCACUUUUUUUUUUAUGGAUCUGUUAAUUCUAAAGAUCAAGUAAGCUGUGUAAUACACUUGUUAAAAGUAAGUUAUACGAAGGGGGUUAUUUGGUCCUAUCUGGGGAUUUUAUUUCAAAUCUUUUUGGUCCACUGGAUUACAAGAUCCUUCCUGCAUUCUUUUUCACCCAAAGGAUGAAUAGACUCUGCAAGGGUGAUUUUCUUGAGAUGAGUCAAACUCCUAAGAAAGAUUAAAAGAUGUUUUGUAUUUGGAGGCUUCAUGGAAAUGAAAUCAGUUUCUGUAUUUUAUGUGGUAUA